UUCAAAAAUAAAAAGAGAAAACAAAUCUCUAAACUUUAAAGGAUAGAAGAAUACUGUGGAAUUUAUUUACAAAGUUUGUUUCUUUAACAUUCAUUAUCUCCUCUUUGCUAAGGCUUGAAGGUAGAGAGGAUCUUGUACUUAAAAGCCAGAGAAUAACUGUCACAUCCCAGAAUCUCUUCUUGAUCCCGAAGAAAGCAUCAACCUUUCCUCUGCUUCCCUUCGCUCCGUAGCCUUUGGGAGAUUUUGAGUGUUUGAUCGACCAAUCUCAGAUGGAGAAGGAGUUUGUGUGCAAGUUCUGUAACAAGAAGUUCCCUUCUGGGAAAUCACUCGGAGGUCACAUCAGGAUUCAUUCGCCUCAGAGUUCAGUUCAUUCAGAUAGUUUCAUUGGCAAGAACAACAACAGCAAGAAGAGGUUGGUGGAUCAGAGAGCUCUUGCCAGUCACAUGGAUUGUCACAACUACGAGGGAAAGAAGAUGGGCACCCAGUCUGCUUCUGAGACUACUACUACUUCCUCUGGUCCUACCAUGAUCAAAAGAUCCAAGAAGCAUUCCAGUUCUGAAUCUUUUAGUACUGUGAGCUGGUCUUCUGAUCCUGGGAUUGAUCAAGGAUCUAAGGAUCUGAUGUUUUUACAUUUGGGUAGGAAAGACUAUAACUUCAACUCUCUGGUGCCUGAGUCAUCUGAGAACAACUCUGAGAUUCUCGAGACCAAGACAUCUUCAGGGGAGCUGCUUAAGACACCAGCCAAAGUUUCUGUUGUUGAUGAUAGUUCCUCUGAUUCUGAUUACUUCAUGAACGGACCAAAGAAGUCAGACUCAGAUGUCUCGGUUGGUGGGUCUCUUAGGAACACUGGAUUUGGUUCUGGAUUCAACAGCUUCAAGAACGGUGAUGAUCUUGGUGUAAAGGAGGGAGGAUCAAAGCAUGAGCUUGGCAAAAGCAAAAGGGUCUCGCCUUUUUAUGAAAGUGAUUCAUCUGCAGACACAAACAGCAAGUUUCAUAGGUCCAGCGAUGGCAAAUCACCGAUGGCUAAGAAAGCAAGUGGUGGAGUCAAGAAUAGCAAAGGCCACGAGUGCCCGAUUUGCUUCAAGGUGUACAGUUCAGGACAAGCUUUAGGAGGUCACAAGAGAUCACAUACCAUUGCCAAUCAAGCACAGAGGGCCAAACGCAAAGCAGCUGAUAUGCAAUUCGAUCUCAAUCUUCCUGCUGAGGAUACUGAUGAUUGAAUUAGAACAUGAAAACCACAGCUCAUCCCUAGGUUUUGUUCUCUUCUUUAUCCUUGUUUGCUCUAGAAUUCUUUUAUUAAAAAUGUUCAAGGUUCUGACUGAAUAUCAAAACCUUUUUGAUUUGUU